CUUCGUACCUGUUAAUGGUGCUGCAUGUUUUUGGACUUGGCAUCAACAUGGAUUGUCCUGAGGCUUAUUAGGGAUGGUUUUGAAGCCUCUCUCUGUAGAACUUCCUGGCCUGCUACCAUUGGUCGCCCUUCAGGUGAUUAUGAAUAUAUAGAUGUUUUGAUGAAGGACAGCAAUGGUGGUGGUGAUGAAACAGUGAGGUUGAUAGUAGACAUGGAUUUCAGGUCUCAGUUUGAGCUAGCAAGGCCUAUUUCAACAUACUCAGAGCUCACAGCUUCUCUACCUUCCAUAUUUGUUAGGAGUGAAGAGAAACUAAUGGAGAUAAUAUGUUUGGUUUGCUUAGCAAAUAGCAUCAACAAUUUUCUCAAGAUUACUCAGAGAUGGAACUUAGAUUUGGUUGUAUUGUUCAGCUACUGCCAAAUUUAGGGGAUGUUUGUUAUAGCUUUUUGUUUUUUGAAAAGAAAAAAAAAUUAAAAUCACGAAAACUUGUUUAAUAGAAAAUAUUGUUUUCGUGUUCCUAUAUGAAUUGUUGAGGCUGUGCCUCAAAGUUCUGUUCUUUUAUUGUUACCUUUAAAAAAGAAAAAGUUUUGAUGAUU